GGGUUUCUGUAAGGGAACAGCUGAUUCAAAAGGCUGCGGGCAGCCGCUCCGGGAGUGUCUCUCCACCUUCUCACUCUCAUACAUUAUUUAUGCGCGCGUUGUAGCUCCUGGUGGUGUUGUCAUCUUGGAUCUGUGAGGUUUCAGACACUAUGAAGAAAACGUUGUCUCCAAUACCAGAUGAAGGUAAUGGUGCCAGUGGUGGUAGCGGGAGUGUGGAGGGAUCCGUGUCUAUAAUGAAAUUGAAAGAAAACCUGAGUAACCUCGUCGAGCUUCAGAAGGAACAUAAAGAGAGGCUAGGAAGAGUUGAAGAAGAAAUAGCAAAGCUGCAAACAUUCAAGAAAGAUUAUGAGCAUCUAUUAAAAAGGCUUCUAAGUCUUCCAGAUAAAACUGCACAUGAGGUGAUGGUUCCCUUUGGCCCGUUGGCAUUCAUGCCAGGUCAUUUGGUCCACACGAACGAGAUUUUAGUGUUGUUAGGCGAUAACUGGUUUGCCGAGCGAAGUGCGAAACAGGCAGCGGGCAUUGUCCGCCGGAGAUUAAAAGACUGUGAAGAGAAAAUCAAAUGUGCUGAAAAUACAAAAACGAUACACACCAACUGGCUGAAGACGGCAGAAGAGGUGCUGGCAGUGGAAUGUGGCGACCAAGUCGAUAUUGUAGAAGAAAUCACCGAGGAGGAGUAUCAGAAGAGUCGAGAGGAGGAAAAAAGAGAGGUGUCAGCGAGUGAGGAUGUUGAAGAGCCAGUAGCAGGAACCAGUGCCGCAUCCGAGGACAGCAAUUUGUCGGAUUUGGAUGACAAAUUUGUCAAAAAUCUAUCAGAAACUGAUAGGCAAAUUUAUGAGGAUAUCACAAAGAGAUUAAAUCAAAUUGAAUUGGAGGACGAGGCGACUGGGGAGGACGACGACGACGACGACGAUGAUGAAGGCAAAGAGUUUGAAUUGAGAACUAUGAGUGACGAGGGGGAGACGAGUGACGCAAUGCUACCAGCAAAGAGAGCAAAAUUUAAGCGGAGGGUUUCUUGGGCAGACGAUGUGCGGACCCUUUACACGGUAAUCCCAGAUGAUGACAGUGAAGAUAUUUGUCGCAUUAAGUACACCAGCCAACCUCUAACCCUUCCUCUGGAGGACCCACUAACGGAGAGUGUUGGUAAAACUGAGGCUCCUACUGAAACUAUUCAGAGUCCUUCAGAUAUUUAUAAAGUCUUCAGUCACGGGGCCUCUGCACCGGAGCCGCCACCUCGUGGAAUACUUAAAAAGUCCUCAUCUCUUCCAAUACAAGGUAAGGAACGUUUGAGUGCCUCGGGUGUUGGGAGGUAUGCCUAGAACAUCUGGAAGUAU